AUGGCGGCGAGAAAAAGAAAUGUGCUCGAUUAUCAACAAUUGGAUUCUUUGUCCUCAGUGGUAUUGUACGACACACCGCGGAAAAAGAGAAAGGUUCUUCCGAGGAAAUACAGCGUGGAAAGAAUAAUUUCUAAGCGAAAGAUCAAAGGCGUAAGUAUAAAGUUAAUAUUUUUAUUUUCAGUCAUGUUGUCUUUUCACUUCAUAUUAAUACUAUAAUGCAGACGAAGGUUCUUAGCUCGUAAUGUCGAUGUUCUUGUUAGAUUAUCUUCAUCGAGCAAGAAUUUUUGUAAAGAAUCUACCCAAACAAGCACCCCAUGUGUCUACUCCUCUAUAUUAAAAUACUCCAACACUAAGCUGUUAUUUUCAAAUUAGGAAUACGAGUAUUUAAUAAAAUGGGAUGGCUGGCCGCUUACAGCCUGUUCAUGGGAACCUUCAAGCCAUCUUGAUGAAGAGUUAUUGAGGUAAAAAUUACAGCUGAGCAAGGUUGUGCCAGUGGCAUGUAGUCAACAAAUUUAGAGGGCCCCCUAUACCUCUUCACAAUAUGAUUUCACGUAAAAAUAUUUUGCCUUUUCACGAGUCACGGAUUAAGAAAAUCAUCGAUCACGUUUCACGGCUAAGUAAAGUAAGCCCUUCACGCUUCACGCAAAAAGUAUAGGGGGCCCGAUCACGUUUCACGGCUAAGUAAAAUAAGCCCUUCACGCUUCACGCAAAAAGUAUAGGGGGCCCUCAAUUUAGUUUGUUUGUUUUAAUUUACUGUUUUGAAUAAACUUCAACUUGUAGCCAUUCUAAUGUUUUUUUAAAACUCAAUAAAAUAAUAACAAUUGCUUUAAUUUCUAGAGGUUAUGAAAUACCACCAACACCACAUCCGGAACGAUUGGAAACGGCAUGUCGGCAGUUUUACCAGGCCAUUACGACGAGCCUUCGAUCAAAAUCUGUGGCACCUACCUAUAUUCCAAUGGACUUGGACCUUUGGCGUUACAUUAUCAAUGGGAAAGGCAGGGAAUCAAACCACAAAGGAUUUUCGCUGUACUCAGUCAAAGAUUUGGCACGUUUGAGGCUACCAGAGCAUUGGUGGUACACCUUAGAUAAAUAUGGCCAUGGAGAGGGGCGAGGAAUACAACAGCUUAAAAUUAAACCAGUGCUUAGUUGGACUCCUAAGCACCAAAUCUUUAAAGAUGGUAAAUUGACUGACGCACCUCAAAUGCCUAUUGAGAAACUUUGUAUUGACAUUUUACGACGUUGCUGUAACACACAUAAUUUAAAUAUAUAG